AUGGUGCAGCUUCCCACCGGAGCAAAGGAGCAGGACCUGAAAAGCGAGCAACCUGAUCGAAAAACUCAACUGCCAAAGAAUCCUCAAGGUUUUUCAAAAGUGCGAGAAGGUGAUUUGAGAGAUGGAAAUACUGGUUCAGAAACUAGGAUGACGUGGCCUGAGGGAGCGUACUGCAUAAUGCCCGGAAGGGGCACUGAUUGUCCAGCUGGGUUUCGAAUGGAUUCUGUAUCUCUUGCUGUUCCCAUCGACUUUGGGCCAAAUGAGGAGUAUAGCGAAGGUGGUCGAAGGGUGCCGUACAUUCGUCUUGGAGACACUGGAGGUUUCAAGCUCACCAGGCAGAGUUUUGACCAAGCCUACUCCUUACAGUUGAUUGCGUGCUGUAAAUCUUCUUGA